CCACCGUCAUCGUCGCCUUCGUCCCCCACCGUUCUUGCUCAAAAUUUCGCGUUUCCUCACCCGAAUAGACGGGCUUCAUCAUGAGCAGUAGCCCUCAGCAUUGUUCCUUCGUCCUGCUCGCCGAAUUUGAUAUCGACAGAGGAGCUCAACUCACAUAUCAGUUUCCCCAACCAUUGGGCUCCGAUGAGGGUCUUCUGGCCAACCUGAUGCUGCCCGACGGUGCGGAAAAGCAGCUGGAAGAUUGGACCAUAUUCUUCCUCAACCAGACCCCGUUCAACACUAUCGCACCGGUACUUGCGUUGGAGAAACCUACGGCCAAUGGUCAUAAGCAGGAGGGCGACGAAGAACGUGACGCAGACCAGCCGGAGUUGCUGUAUGUGCUGAACCUGGUGCGGACGAAGCAUGACAAAAAUGUCAGAAGAGGUGCCGUCGUGAAAGCCAUGGCAAUAUGUACACGCUAUCCUUUCAUUCAGGUCUUCAAGCCUGUCCUUCUGUUAGCGCUCGAUGACUACUUCUCAGCCCCUUCACAAGACUGUUUAGCCCGUCUCUUCGAUGCCAUCAAUUCUAUGGAGUUGGCCGCUGCACCCACACUCACUCGAGCGGAGAAAUUAAUCAUGAGGACUUCGGAACGUAAGGAUGUGUUUGCAGAGAAGUUCAUGCAGGCGCGACCGCCGACUGAAAACCUGAACGCCGGAGGACCGUCAAACGCAGCUCGCGGCUCGCACCGAACGACGCCAUCCGAGAGUUCACACUCGAGUUUCGAGGAUGGAAUUUUGUUGCGGACGAAGGACGGCACGGAGGUUGCUCGGGAGCGUCCCAGUACGGACGGGAACACGACAGCGAGGCCUCUGGGGCAGUACUCGCCAUCAGAGAAUUCGUUCUCCCUGGGCGGAAGCGCGGUGUGGGUGGGCGAUGAGAGUGGCCUGCUGGAGCAGACUUCGCUCGCGAGUGGCAGUAACGGUAGCAGUUCUGCAACCACUCGGGGACGUCGGUCGACCGACGCGUCUUCAACUUCAUCACACGGCCAGCACGCUCACGGCUAUGGAAGUGCGCUGCCGAUGCAUUCUGGGGGAUCCGACCCCCAUUUGCGACCCUCCUUCACCAAAGACACUCAUUUUUAUUCCACGAUCAUCGACUAUGGCGGUCACCAGCUUCCAAUAAAGAUGCCUCUGUCUACAUUUCCGGAAGAAGUUGGCGAUUACUCCCUCAUCCAACUCAUACAGACAUUCUCGAACCCGAUUGCUACGACCGCUGGGCCACUCCACCCUCACCUGCAUACUAACGGCAGCCUUACACAUCCCAUCAUCAUCUUGUUCAACGCCCUUGUCACCGGUAAACGAAUAAUCUUCUUGGGGCACAAUCGGCCUGCCGGUCAGGUCUCGAGCUACGUGCUGUCCGCGUGCGCCCUUGGGUCUGGAUGUGGCACCAUCCUCCGCGGUUUUAUUGAGCGUGCUUUCCCGUAUGCGAACUUGACGAACAGGGAGGAAUGGGAGUCGAUUCCCGCAUAUAUCGCCGGCGUGACGAACCCCAUUUUCGAAUCGUCGGGUUCUUGGGACCUCUUGUGUGAUGUGGGCACAGGCCGCAUGAUCGUGUCAAAAGAUAUCCAUGUGUCACAUCCUCCGCUGGUAAUCCCGACGGGGGCACCGCCCUUCAUUGUGCGGACAGGGACACUCAAAGCGGAGAGCUCCAUUGGCAGUGAGGACGAUGUCGGUCGAGUGCCUGGCCGAGAAAAGGAGGCGCAGAAGAACGACUACACCGCCAAAGCAGACAGCGCGGAUAACGUCUUCAUCGAAGAUAUCAUCACUGCGAUCAACUAUCACUUCGGCGAGGGCCUCGUCCGAGCGCGCUUCACGGAGUACGUGCACCGGUUUAUACGUCUCGCGUCCCGUUUCGAGGAAGACGUUACGGGGACGACCACGAUUGGGUUCCCGAGUGCCACGUUCAGCGAGGGUCCAGGAGAAUCAUCGCAGCUCGGGAGCGGGAUUGUUUUUCUCGACGAGGCUGCUGGCGCGCGUGAACUUGCCAUGAAUGCAAGCCGAAUCGAGGGCUGGCGACGGACAAUGACAUAUCAGUACUUCCAAGAGGACUUUAAGCGGAUGCUGGCUACCAGUGCCAUCCAGGGCUUCGAUGUUUCGCAUCAGCUGUGGCGUCUGCGGCAUGUGAAGCAGAUGCAAGAUGUUGAGGUAGAGCUGAUCAUGCGUGCGAUGGCGGAAAGCGUGCAAACUUAUGAUCAGGUCGUGGAGCUUCUGGCUCUCUUGCCUCCCCAUGCAGGCGGACUGUUGCCUAUCAGCUUUGGGCUGUUGCAUCAGCAGGAGGCCGUCCGCGAGCUGACGGUUGAUCUGUUCUCUCAGCUGCGCCAAUUUCCGAUUGGAGUGCAGUUCCUCCAAGCGCUGAACCAUUUCCAGCGGUACGCGUAUGUGCGCCAAGCGCAUGCGCGGGAGAACCGGCUGAUGAAGGAGAAUCACUUGCAACUCCCUCCGCCUCCUAGCAUUUUUUCACGGACACCGUCAAAUCGCAGCGAAUCUAGCCUAGGAGCAGGUUAAUGACGGACGCAUCGGCGAGGCCUUUUGGCAGCUGUAUAUACAGUAUACCCUGUCUUGCGGAUUUACUAUCUUAUAGGGAACUCUUCGUAUAUUCAUUGGAAGACUACGCAUCCGUCGCUGUUUUUUUUUGCUGUAUGCUUUCUAUUAUUGAGACAAUCUUUUGGGCUGACG